AAUAGAGUUUGGACCUUGAACCAAGCAGCUGUGGCUGGGAGUUGGAGAAUGCAGUCUGUCUUCAGCUAAGUGUCUGUAAUUACCUAAUUUGCUCUUUGUGCAUGCCUGCGAGAGGGUGGUGGGCAGAGGGAGCCUGCUGUUAAGGAGUUUUCCUGGAUGGUUGAGGGGUACUCUGUAAAAUAGGAUUUUAUAAGCUUCUUACCUAUUGGAGGCAGCUAGGCUAGAGCCCAAGAAGCAGCAUCUCAGUCUUUUCCAGUAUCCUAGCACAGAGGAAAGAUUCAGUUUAGAAAUACCAGGACUUGGACUGGAACCUGUGGCUGACUUGGGGUCAGGAAGCUGCGUUCUGUUCCUGGUUCUGCCACACAGUGCUAUGGACACAUUGUGUAGCCUCUCUGAGCCUGGGAGUUUGCCUCUAAUUCCCCUUCUUAAUUGAGUAUCUGCACUGCCUGCGUCAGGGUGGUGUGAUUCAGUGAGAUGAUACAGGUGGGAGGUCAGUGAAAAGUGGACAUCUGUACAGAUGCCAGGUGUUUAUUGACUAACAUUAGUCUUUGAUAGUCUGAUUCAUGGGGGGAGGGAAAUGGAGUGGAAUUUGGGGAUUUUGUCUACUUAGUUCCCCAAGUAAUGUCAUUAACACCCCCAACUUCCAACAGGAUAGGGAGGGUAGGUUUGAGGGAGGUACUGUUUCUUUGCCAGAAGACACUGCAGCCUGCCUUCCUCCUUGACAGAAUUCUUGACUUUUUGGAAAAGCUUUUCCUUGAUUAGAAAUUCCACUCCUCUCAUUUCCAAAUUUUGGGGGCAAUGGAGCAAGGAAUGGUACUUGAGCCUCUCAACUAAGGCCUGCCAGAUACCUUUCCUACUUAGAGGGGGCUUUCUCAAAUGACUGAGUAGCUCUCUUUGGGGCUUCAGACCUGUAAAGGGUUAAGUGAGCCACACCCUCAGCAGGAAAAGCCUUGGACUUUGUGCUGAGCAGCCAGUCCUGAGCAGCUGUCUCUGGCUUCUCUUGGCUUGACUGGCACAGGGAGCCCUGGCUGGAGGAGGCAGCACAGAGGAAGGUUGGAAGAGUGGACGCUGGCAAGGGGAGGGCAGCUCUCCUUGCUCUAUGACACCAUGGACAGCUCCCAUUAACCAAGGCACCUCUCCAACCUUGGGGCCUGGGAUUCCUCUGUCCCUUUGUCACAUUGGAAUUUUAUCCACCAUUCUCCAAGGGACACUGAAGGUACACCCUAGUUCCAGCUUUCGGAUCAGUAGGCUCUCUGGACAUGACUCUCCUGGAAGGCUCUGUUGGGGUGGAGGACCUUGUGCUCCUGGAACCAGUGGAGCAGGAGUCUCUACUCAGGAACCUCCAGCUGCGCUACGAAAAGAAGGAGAUUUAUACCUACAUUGGGAACGUGUUGAUCUCAGUGAAUCCCUACCAACAGCUGCCCAUCUAUGGCCCAGACUUCAUUGCCAAAUACCGGGACUAUACCUUCUAUGAGCUGAAGCCCCAUAUCUAUGCAUUGGCGAAUGUGGCAUACCAGUCACUGAAGGAUCGGGACCGGGACCAGUGUAUCCUCAUCACGGGCGAGAGUGGAGCUGGAAAGACUGAGGCAAGUAAGCUGGUGAUGUCUUAUGUGGCGGCUGUCUGUGGGAAAGGAGAGCAGGUGAACUCUGUGAAGGAGCAACUGCUUCAGUCAAACCCUGUGCUGGAGGCUUUCGGCAAUGCCAAGACCAUUCGCAACAACAACUCCUCUCGAUUUGGAAAAUACAUGGAUAUUGAAUUUGACUUCAAGGGAAGUCCCCUUGGUGGUGUCAUCACAAACUAUCUGCUGGAGAAGUCCCGAGUGGUGAAGCAGCUCACAGGAGAGCGGAACUUCCACAUCUUCUACCAGCUGCUGGCUGGAGCAGAUGAACAGCUGCUGCAGGCCCUGAAGCUCGAGCGGGAUACAAGUGGUUACACCUAUCUGAAUCGGGAAGUAUCCAGAGUGGCUGGCAUGGAUGACGCCUCCAAUUUCAAGGCUGUAGAGAGUGCCAUGACUGUGAUUGGGUUCUCGGAGGAGGAGAUCCGACAGGUGCUAGAGGUGACGGCUUUGGUGCUGAAGCUGGGGAAUGUGGAACUGGUGGAUGAGUCCCAGGCCAGUGGGAUAGCAGCUAGUGGCAUCCAUGAUGGACGAGGCCUUCAGGAGAUCGGGGAACUGGUGGGCUUGAACGCAGAGGAACUAGAAAGAGCUUUGUGCUCAAGGACGAUGGAAAUGGCCAAAGAAAAGGUGGUCACUGCAUUGAAUGUCAUCCAGGCUCGCUAUGCUCGGGACGGCCUGGCUAAGAACAUCUACAGCCGCCUGUUCCACUGGAUAGUGAAUCGCAUAAACCAGAGUAUCGAGGUGGGCACUGGGGAGAAGAAGAAGGUAAUGGGGGUCCUGGAUAUCUACGGCUUUGAAGUAUUAGAGGAUAAUAGCUUUGAGCAAUUUGUGAUCAACUACUGCAAUGAGAAGCUACAGCAGGUGUUCAUAGAGUUAACGCUGAAAGAGGAGCAAGAGGAAUAUAGGAGAGAGGGCAUACCGUGGACAAAGGUGGAGUACUUUGAUAAUGGGAUUAUCUGUAACCUCAUUGAGCAUAACCAGCAAGGAAUCCUGGCCAUGCUUGAUGAGGAGUGCCUGCGGCCUGGGGUGAUCAGUGACUCUACCUUCCUCUCGAAGCUGAACCAGCUCUUCUCUAAGCAUGGUCACUAUGAGAGCAAAGUCACCCAGAACGCCCAGCGCCAGUAUGACCACACCAUGGGCCUUGGCUGCUUCCGCAUCAGCCACUAUGCGGGCAAGGUGACAUACAGCGUGAAUGGCUUCAUUGACAAGAAUAAUGACUUACUCUUCCGGGAUUUGUCCCAGGCUAUGUGGAAGGCCCAGCACCACCUUCUUAAGUCCUUGUUCCCUGAGGGAGAUCCCAAGCAGGCAUCUCUCAAACGCCCCCCAACUGCUGGGACCCAGUUCAAGAGUUCUGUGGCCAUACUCAUGAAGAACCUGUAUUCCAAAAACCCGAAUUACAUCAGGUGUAUAAAGCCCAACGACCAGCAGCAGCGAGGCCAGUUCUCCUCGGAGCUGGUGGCCAUCCAGGCUCGGUACCUGGGGCUGCUAGAGAAUGUGCGGGUGCGACGGGCAGGCUAUGCUUACCGCCAGGGGUACGGGCCCUUCCUGGAAAGGUAUCGAAUGCUGAGCCAGAGCACUUGGCCUCGGUGGAAUGGGGGAGACAGGGAAGGGGUGGAGAAGGUCAUGGGGGCCCUGAGUGUGUCUUCAGAGGAGGUGGCCUUUGGGAGGACAAAGAUCUUCAUUAGAAGUCCCAAGACGCUUUUCUUCCUGGAGGAGCAGAGGCGCCUCCGACUUCACCAGCUGGCCACACUCAUACAGAAGAUAUACCGGGGCUGGCGCUGCCACACCCACUACCAGCUGAUGCGCAAGAGUCAGAUCCUCAUUUCCUCUUGGUUUCGGGGCACUAUGCAAAAGAAACACUAUGAGAAGCUAAAGGCAUCAGCAUUGUUGAUCCAGGCUUUUGUGAGAGGGUGGAAGGUUCGCAAGGAUUAUCGAAAAUACUUCCGGUCAGGGGCUGCCCUCACCUUGGCAGAUUUCAUCUACAAGAGCAUGGUACAGAAAUUCCUACUGGGGCUGAAGAAUAAUUUGCCAUCUACCAAUAUCUUGGACAAGAAGUGGCCAGCUGCCCGUUACAAGUGUUUUAACACAGCUAAUGAGGAGCUAAAGCGGCUCUUCUACCGCUGGAAGUGCAAGAAAUUCCGGGAUCAGCUGUCCCCGAAGCAGGUAGAGAUCCUGAGGGAGAAGCUCUGUGCCAGCGAACUGUUCAAGGGCAAGAAGGCUUCAUACCCUCAAAGUGUCCCCAUGCCUUUCAACGGUGACUACAUUGGGCUGCAAGGGAACCCCAAGCUGCAGAAGCUGAAGGGCGGGGAGGAAGGGCCUAUUCUGGUGGCAGAGACUGUGAAGAAAGUCAACCGCAGCAAUGGCAAGACUUCCUCUCGAAUUCUCCUCCUGACCAAGGGGCACGUGAUUCUCGCAGAUACUAAGAAGUCCCAGGCCAAAACUGUCAUUGGACUAGACAGUGUGGCUGGGGUGUCAGUCACCAGCUUCAAGGAUGGGCUUUUUAGCUUACAUCUGAGUGAGGUGUCAUCAGUGGGCUCCAAGGGAGACUUCCUGCUAGCCAGUGAGCAUCUGGUGGAACUGCUGACCAGAAUGUACCGGGCUGUGCUAGAUGCCACACAGAGGCAGCUUCCAGUCACUGUGACUGAGAGGUUCUCAGUGAGGUUCAAGGAGGGCAGUGUGGAUGUCAAGGUCAUCGAGGGCCCUGGGGGUGGUGCGAAUGGCAAGUUAAGCUGCAAGAAGAAGGGGAGUCAUUGCUUGGAAGUGACUGUAUAGAGAAGUGGUGGCGGCCUGAUGCAGAGUCGACAGUUUCUUCCCCCUGGACUAGCACCCCCCCCACCUUUGUGGGAGGAUGUCGAUGCUCAGAAAAUUGAAGAACCCUUGAAGAGGACCUUUCUUCUCCCAAACUUUUCCAGUCCUCUCUCCAAGCUUAGCCUUCUCCCACCCUCAGCUUCUGUGCCCACUAAUAAAACAAGUAACUU